GAACACGAAACAUUUGCCCAUCUACAUAUUUUAUUCUCAAAUUUUGUCUCAUCCAAAAAACUUAACGAUGGACAAUACGGGCGAUAAGCCAAUUGUGCGCGGUAUACUAAAAAAUUUCGGCCGCGCCAAUAUCCUACCGACGAUUACACUAAAGAGGGCCAAAUUCGAUGAGAUGAAUGUAUUAGAGACUUUCCAUCCGGCCGACAAAGACUAUGGUCAUAUGACCAUUGAUGAGCCAAAGACGCCUUUCAUCGUUGAGGAUGAGGGGUUGCGUUGCUUGGACACAGAAACGCUGAUGGAGAAGCUGCGCAGGGCUGCGCAGUCCGAAACACCUUCAUUUGGAAUUGAGCACGACUCUGAUGAUUCUUCCGAUGACGACGAUUUUCCCGAAUCGCUGGAGGAGAAGGUUCGUCGCCUCGAAUUCGAACGCCGCCGCAAGCUACACUAUAAGGAGUUCAUGUCAGUACAAUUGGCUAGAAAUCUAAUAGCCGAGGAGUUCGGUGAUUUGUCGUCCGAAGUAAGCGUUCCAGAUGAAAUGCUUAAGAUGUCAAGUGAGAGUUGCAUUUCUGAGAUUUGUCCCUCAAACGAAGAUGAUGGAGAAGACGAGCAAACGUUCGGCUCCGUGACUUUAUCGGCUAUUACAGGAGCUAGCGAAGAGCAGCGAAAUCAGCUUUUGGAGCCAGGAUUUCAUCCAUCGCAUCCUUGCUAUCACAAGCUGAUGGCACAAAUCGAAGCCGACAGGCAGACUAUUAUUGAGGCUCAGGCUCGGGAGUUAGCUGCGGAGCGUGCACAAGAGCAACGUCAUACCGUUUUUCAAUCUGUCGGGUCAUUGAGUCAUUCUCAGUUCUAUUCAGACACAUCGUGGACCCUCCAUUUCUGCUGCUGCCAGACCUUCUGUUGCACCGAACCUGAGGAAGCAAAGUAUGUUCAAGAAACUAUGAACAAACUAGUUUGAAUUUUGUUAAUUUGUUCCCGAAGCAAUUAAAAUUGUUAAGUUAUGGCGCAACGAUCUGCGUUUCGUGCUAAA